AAUAUGCAUUUUGAUCAAAUGGGAAACGAGCCAUCUCGUUUGUUGGGUUGACAUAAAAAUUGACACAAAAUUUGUCAAAAUACCGUAUAAACAUAAUUGCCUCUAUCUCAAUUCUCCAUUGUUUCUUUAAUGUUUCCCUCUGUGUCCCCCGAGUCAUAACAUCCAUUUUCUGAUAAACAGAGGCUCGUAGCAGAUCGAUCAAGUUUCACAUCGUCAAUCGUCACUGAGUCACGUUGCGCGACUACGUCGGGCAUCUGUGCAAAUAUAAAGAAUCCGGAACAAUGAGCUCGUCAUAGUGGUCGAUGCGAGUGAGGUCGUGCUCUAAAUGUUAUAACUGAAGUACAAUGAGCGAGGAGGCGGAGGAUGCGUCGAGGAAAGCCGCCCCGCGCCCGUCGGCUCCAGAGCCCUCGCCAGGGCCGGGCGCCGAGGCCGCCACGCAAGAUGCCUCCACCCUUGUGUCAAACACUAACAUUGGACAGAUGACAGGAAGUUCGGUGCCACCAUCUGAUAAUUGCAAAUGGAGCUGUGAAAUGUGUACAUAUGAGAAUUUUCCGCUCUCCAGGAAGCAGUGUACAAUGUGCCGAACUCCUAAACCUUUGCUUGGUGAGGACAUAUUCAAACUGCAGGACGGCGCCAGCGCACUUCCAACGCAGGAAGUAUGUG